UGGCUCUCUCUCUCUCACUCCCCGUUUUACCUGUUCACAGCUCCAGCAGCUCCUCUGUUGUUGCGGCUGUGGAGUUUUCCUUUGUCUUGGCUCCUCCUCCUCGCAGCGUUGCCUAAGCGAAGCACACAACAACGCAGCAGCAGUAGCAGCUCUCAUGCUCAUCGCUCCUGCAUCGUGCGUUGUCUUUAGUUUUACUUGUUCAGUUAAAAUUUGUGUGAGUGAUAUUCUGUUUCUUUAGCUUCUUUUCCGGUAUCCUCUGCAUUUAGCAGUAUUGGUGGAAUCGGAGGAUCAAUGAAUUGAGUUGAAAAUGAGCUCUCAGGGCGCGUUGAAGCAGGAUGAGGGCGAGCGGUGGACGGGGAAUGGUUGGAGUCAUUGGAGUCACGUGUUGAAACCGAGAGAGGAUUCGAGCUUUGUGCAGGAUGUGGAUGGAGUUGCGUUGAGAAGUGGUCGAGCGCGUGGAGGAGGUGGAGAUGGUGCUGGUCACUUUGGAGAACAUGUUUCUUCGUUGACGUUGAGCACUGGCAGCUGGACUGAUUUUGGUGCCGACUCGACUUUGUUUUCACCUUCGGACUCGUUUUCUCCUUCGUCUCAGCAGCUGCUGCAGCAAUCGUCUUCGCUGUAUUGGCAGAACCUGCUCGGUGGCCAGCCUAACUCGAGGUGGCUGACGCGCUGGCCGUCGCCUAGAUUCGCGACGUUUGGAGGUGAGCCUGGAACUGAGCAGGCCGGAUCGUUGGACACUUUUUCUCUUGCGGGACACGAAGUGAAGCGCAGCGACGAUGUGCAGCUUGAUGUGGCUGUAGCUUACGAAAUCAAUGCGACUAACGGUGUAUUAAGCGGGAUUGAAGUGGAUCGUUCGCCUGAGGUGGAAAUAGAAAGAAAUAGUAAUGUGAAUCUCGAAAGGGACAACUGGAAAACACUUGGCGAUUCAAUGUUUGGAAAUGUUAAGCAAGAGGAGUUUUGGAAUACUAAAGAAACUGGACAUUUACUAGAAGAUGACAUCAAGUCACAAAUCAGACUCAGCCGAAAUCCUGAGGAGGUCAUAAACUUCGAGCCUUCACCAACGUCUUCCGAUUCCAACCCUGACAGCGAGGAGUCGAACAAACGAAAGAAACAAUUUUCAAACAGGAAACGAAAAAGACCAGGUCAAGAUGCCGAUGGGAAUGUUACGUGGACAGAUGAAUCUGUUACGCUCCUUUUCGAGACGAACGAUACCAUACAUCGACGCUUGUGCACGGAGAGUAAAGGCCAAGUCAAGUAUGAGAAGAAAUGGAUACCCAUACUGAGAGCCAUGCAGGCCAGGUUUGGAAACCAGUUUACCAAGAAACAGUGCCAGAGCUAGUAUUGGAGCGUCAGGCGUGAAUGUACAGAAUAUAGGAUCAUGUCUGUCAAGGCUGCAGCAACUGAUCCGUCGUGGAACCCAAGCAUUGCUGGUAGAGAACUUCUUAAACCUAAGUUUUACGAUGUAUGGCUUGCAGUCUCGGGCCAGUACCAAUCUGCAGUGGCGAAACCAAAUAAAUCUUCUGCCAAAGGGGACGAAGGUUCACGUGAGUUGCGUAAAAGCGAGCUCUCACAUUUCCAUAGCAAAAAUGGGUACUCCAUGAAGCAAGACUCGGGUACAGCAAUUAAGAUGAUGUACCGCUUGAUGCUAGACCAGAUUCAGGCAUCAGAGAUAAGGGAGGAGGCAAUGAAAUACCGUGCGGAGAGAAUGAUGGAAUGUUUGACAGAGCACAUGGAGCAUGUGGAAACUAGAGUGGGCAUCCUAGACGCAGGUCGAGAUUCGCAACAAUUACUCGAACGAGUUAAUCUAAAGCUUGAGAAAGUUUUGGAUGGAUUUGUCACUUUGAAUCAAAAUCUGUCCUUGCUGUAUUGAUAAUCAGUGUCAAGACCUCGGCCGGCACAUGUGUAUCAGUCCUCAUAGCUUAUUCCUAGCUUUAAAAUCUUCUCGCAAAAUGCAAAUACAAAUUCCUCUUAUUAGCCUUUCAAUGCGCGAUAAAUAAUACUACAUGAAGCCUUGAUUCAUUAUGAUGGGCUUGUGGAAGAUCGGUGAAAGAUCGGUGGAAGAUCGGUGGAAGAUCGAUACACAACUUCAGGAAUUAUUUUACGGUGAUUGGAAUUCAGAGUACACGAGGUGUCAUGUAGUGUUUGUAUUCAUCUACUUUUACAUGAGUUACAAUUCAGGUAUUCCUUGAA